AUGACUCUUGACGAGCUCAGCCGUCUAGAUGAAGAGGACGAGCAUUCGCAUUUGAACAAAAUCUCAGCAAAGGACGAGCCUCUAGAUUUACUGCCGUCCAUCAAAAUCGAGUCAGAUACCAGGUUCCAGUGCUUUCUCGUGAUUAUAAUAGCUAUCUUAUGCUCUUUAGCUUGUGCCAUACGCGGUAUUGUCUUUUGGGUCACCUUCCAGACACCACUGCCAAACGUCCUGCCCACGGGACUAUCAAGUGAACUCUUGUCCUUCGUUAUUAAUAUAAUCCUCACUCAAUACCUGGAAGGCGUAGCCUACGUUCAUUCGAUAUCCCUUCGCUGGUCCCUUCUUCAAGAGAACCGACUUGUAUUCAACACCAAUAUUCGCUUACUCACUAGCUCGAAGCGUUCUUUCCCCAACAGCUGGUACAUAAACUGCGUUUCAGCUCUAUUUCUCAUUAUUUGUUACGGAGCGACUUCAAUGCUGUUUAUUGAGGCAUCUGUUAAUGCAAUCGCCUUGUUGGCUCUUGGGACCAGUCUAUUGGGCCAGUCUCUGCUGGGCCUAUGGUCCUACUGGGAUAAUCUUCGUGACAUUCCGUCUUGGGGAUCAAAUCCACUGAACACUACAUUAACAAUGAUGGUCAAGCGAUCUGUUCAACGAACAGCUGGUCGUUGUAUGGCCUCGAUUCCAAUUGGAGGCACGUCAGGGGCAAGAGCAAUGCUCCCACGCACAGAACAGCCUAGUCAGUGGCAGAUCAGCAAUUCCGCGAAGCGUGCCAUGAUUUUUAUCUGGGCCUUAGCUGGAUUAUUAGUCAUUUGA